UCAUCUUGCCCUUACAUCUUAUAGUAUCUACAGGUUAUUUCUCGUGGUAAGAAAUGGAAAUAUCGGAUAAAUUUUUAAUUGCACCAACUUUUAUUCAUUUGAGCGCAAACUACCAAUUUAGCCAAUACUCUUUUUUGCUUGCAUUUCAUUUCUUGUUGUUCCUCGGUUUACACGUCACAACUUAAAUUUAAACGGCCACAGAAUUUUUACCUGACCUCUACAAACUAUACAAAACCAUAACCAGAAGAUAUACUACCAUUAUAGAAGAAGAAGCUGACCAUAUCCUCAAAUGGGGUCUGGUAGCAGCAGAAAGGUGGAUGUGAGUCCAUACCUGAUCCAGUGCUUCACAGAUGCACACGAAGGGGGAGUAGCGUGUCUGGGUGUGAGCAGAGACAGCACCCUGGUGGCCACGGGGGGAGAGGACUUCCUGGCCAAAGUGUGGCACGUGGCCAAGCCAGACGCAGAGGCACUUAAGUGCAUAUGCAAGGGACACAAAGGUUACAUCCUUUCUCUUCGGAUAUUCGACGAGUUCCUGGUGACUGCAUCUGAUGACAAAACACUGCGCAAAUGGGACAUCGAGAAUGACGGAGAAUUCAUUCUAGAAUAUUCCGGACACAAGGCCGCCGUGAACAACUUCAUCCUCACCGACGACUACUUGCUCUCUUCUUCUUACGAUAAGACCAUAAGAUGGUGGCAGUUCGUCACUGGCGAGUGUCUGAAGGUGUUCGAGGGUCACAAGAGGUCAGUGACCCCUCUGUUGUUCAUACCUGCUAAAAGCAACCAGGAGGAUGAUGCACCAGACAUGCACGAUGCAAGCGAAGACGACAUGUUUGUAUCCGGUAGCAGUGACGGCUGUGCUAAGCUGUGGUCCCUGGACAAUGCGAGAUGUGUGCGCACUUUUGCGGGCCACGAGAGUGCAGUGGUGUGUCUGGAGACUGAGAACAGCCACGAGAUACUCUUCACCGGCUCCCUGGACAACACUGUGCGCUCAUGGGUGCUGGAGACUGGAGAACCCCUUAAGACCUUCUCCGGACACAGUGCGCCAAUCGUGCACAUUAAGGUGUUGAACAAGCUGUUGUUCACGGCUAGCAGUGACGGGACGGCGAGGAGCUGGAUCACGGAGUUUGGUGACUGUACCAGGACAUACAAGGGACACACGCGACCUCUCAUAUGUUUCGCUCUCAGCAACGGAAUCAUUUAUACGGGAGGUGGUGAUGGGACUGUUCGUGCGUUUGAUGUGAAGAGUGGAGUUCAAAAGCGACUAUUCGGAGGACAUGCAGGUGCAGUCAAUGCAAUUGCAAUUUUGCCGAACGGGAGGAUCUUCAGUGGCUCGAAUGAUGGCUGCCUCAUCAUCUGGGACUCCAUCGGAAUCAAGUCCGACCAAGCACUCCGAGAGGAUAGGAAGAACAAACUGAACAGCAAGAAUGAAAAUGAGCCUGGAAGCAGCAAGGAGAACAGUCCAUUGGACGGAAGUGCAAACAGCCGAAUGGGCGGAAAGGCAUCUCCAGAUGUUGCAAUAGACAUUGACAGCAGAGCCAGCAGUCAACAAAGGACACCUCUUGGUUCCCAGCCACCCCCACAGCAGAGACCAAAGGGGGGAUCCCCUGUGGCACCUAUUGGGUACAUUCCGCCAGAAAAACAGUCGGGUAAAAAGCCAGCGGCUGGGUCGAAAAGUAUCCCAAUGGCUGAUUUGGACGACGAGUUUGAUUGAAAAGUGUAGUCUAGGAGCCGCUAUAAUUUACCCCGUUUACAUAUCGCCAUAACUGUAUAAUGAAUUAUUUUGAACAAAAUUGAUUCAGUAAAAUUGAAAUUAUCAGUGAAGUUCAACAUAAUACUUAACUGUAACUUUUCCUUUGCAAUAAUUCGGAGCAGUUUAUUAGAUCUGAUUUGUUGACGCUGCAUUCAAAAUGUGAAGUUUGCAUGAUGUAAAUUAAAUUUUGGACUAAAUUUUUUUUUCAUA